CAUUAGAGUUGUCGUGCAUACUUUUCAUCCUUAGAAUCUAAAUGCCGUACCCGAAACGCGGCCGACUACAGAAGUCAUCUGACGAAGUAGAAGUUGAGACGGAAACGCCGAUAGAGGAAACCCAAGCCUCCAUGCCCAAUGAUCUCGAGCUGGAUGUGACCGAAACUCCUUUGGAGCACGAUCUGAUUGAAGACGAUAGUAUGCUGGAAGGAGCUGAAGAAGUCGAAGUUGAGUACGUUGACGACAAUGGGAUUCCAGUCCCGGAAAUGGCUGAGGAAGUGGUCAUGGAAGGGGACUAUGUUGAAGAGUACAUUGACGCGGAGGAAGACGACAUGGCUGAAUCCCUAGUAGCGCUUUCUCGUAGUGGGGAGUUUCGCGACAAAGGCGGCGGAGAAUACGUUGUUGAAAACGUGGAGAGACGAAGAGCCCCCCGUAUCCUAAGGAGAUUUGGGACUUCUCAACAUCAGCAGUUUGUAGAACAAUCACCAAAUUUUGCGGAAACAGGCCAGAUUGUAGUCGAGGAAUUUCAGCCAGUAGCAUCAGCUGGAAGGGACACGCGAUUUACCCCCAAAUAUCCAGUGGCUGUGGCUCGACGGGCCCCAACGAUCAACAUCCGCAAUUCCUACCCUAAGGGUGAUUGGAGAGAGGAUCAGAGAAAAAAGCUGCUGGUCUGUGAUGUUUUUGAGUCACUGCCUGAGCACAAGCAAGAAGCCUUUAAAAAACUCAUGGAUAUAUUUGGUACGAGUGUCCCACCAUACCGCACCCCGACCAAGCGGAAGUAUCCAGGAAAUUCUCUGGGAUACUAUCCGGACGGAGAAAGUGGUUCGGUGAGCCCUCGACAAGGAUCUCAAAAAUCGGCUCGAUCCGUAACUUUUGAUUCACGGUUUACGGAUCAGCCAAGAUACGUAGUCACAAAUCCGUCAUCAAGCAAUGCUAGAGUCAUGGCCAUGAUACCGUUCGAAGAAAAAGCGAAUGCUGAGGCUCCAAGUCGAGGUGAUCCUGGGGAGAUGCCUGAGUUGUUGCAGGGCGAUCUGAAUGAGAGCGAAAAGUCAUUGGAUCCGCAUGACGUUGAUGAGGCAGGUGAAGUCGAUAUCGAAACUUACGAAGAAGAUAGUUCGCGAGAUCAUCGUAAAUCAACAUUAUGGGUAGAUAACAAGGGGCGAGUAGUUGAUGUGAGUAAUCUACCUGGUGGGGGGCAAACUACAAUAAUAUAUCCGGAGAUGCGGCGCGAGGUGUACGGGACGUCUGACCUUCGCUCUCUUUCGGCUUCCCAUCCCAAAGAGACUCAGGAUGAGCGAUUUUGUCCAUCAUGUCGAAUGACAAUGAAACGCUCGAUAUUCUAUCAUCAUGGGCGUCUUAUCCGUAAGUAUGGACGAUGCGACAUCUUCACACCAAAGCGUUUUCCUUGCGGUUCUCCUGGGUGUCAUGAAAGACUCGGAACCUUGGAGCGACUCUGCGAACACAUGUAUCAGGUCCAUAGAGCACCCACAGACAUAAAACGACGAGUUUUCGAUAACGAGGCCCAAUUUGAGGAGUUUCUACGCGAAUUGGAAAGUCGAGGUGGGAAUUUCCGAAUGUCUCGGGGGAACAAAACCAUCAAAGAAGGAAUUGUGCAAUAUUUUCGCUGCAACAGAAUCUUCUCAAUAGCUAAGGAUAAAGCACUGAGAAUUGUUGAUGACAUAAAUGCUGGGACAUAUGAGGCUGUGAAGGAUAUCACCCAACCAAUGGAUCCCUUUGGCAAAGAGACCAGCACAAAACCGUAUCUGAGGACUGAAGAAGCAUGCACGGCGUUUUUCAGAAAAACUUACCUUAAUGACGGUACCAUAGAAGUUCGCUACUGUGACUAUCACUUGCAUGGCGACGAACGACUCCGUUUACCUACUGCGAUCCGUAACCGGAUCUAUGACAUGAGCAAGAAGAAGCUUCCUCUCCCCGUAAUCGUGAUGGUGUUACAUAGAGAAUGCCAUCGUUUCUGUAUGCCUGGAACGGCUUUGGAACGGAGGAUUAUGGCAGUGACCCCGCGGGAGGUUCAGCUGGUUGCACAGUCCGUUCAGCGCCGGCUCGAUGCUGCUGCUAAAAGAAAGAAGGCGGCUGAAGAAGAAGAGCACGAUCACACCAAUGGUAGCGAUCAUGCUGGCGUUGAUCAUGAACGGGAAGACAAUGAGGCGGCUGAAAACAUCAUGGAAAGAACCGAGAGUAAUGAGCAUCAUGAUGAUUCUUCACAAGAACACCUCGAACCUGCCGAUGGCACCCACGAUGAUGACCAUGCAAACAGUGGAGAAGGAGGGAUUGAUUUCACUACUGAAGGACGCGGUGAAGGAGGAGAGUUGACUGAGUUGGAGUUGACUAUGUUAGAAGAAUAUGAGCAAAAUCGUGGUGUGAUUUUGACAGAUUUCCAAAGCCUGAAAAGGGAAGAGAACAGAAAAAGAUUAUGUCGCGAACGAGUCCGAGCCAAGAUCUACACCCUUGGACGGGCCAUGAGGAAUAUUCAGUUUUCGGAUUUUGAAUGUGACUUACUAAUCCGUUCUGAGCAAAUGCUCGAAGCCGUUGUCGAAUUAUGGAACGCUAGAAUGGAGUCUGGAAGCAAGUUGGAUCCUACCAGAUUGUGCCCCAAAAGGGAACUGUACAGUGGAACGCCUGAAGCAUCAACCGAAUCUACAGAACACCUAGAAGCAGCUGCUAAUGCACCUCCGACUGCUGCUGCUACUUCAGAUGAGAGUGCGGCUACUGCUGAGGCAGAAACACCUAGUAAUGUUCCCACUGCACCUGCUGUUACUGAUGUGACAAGUCCUGAAACUGAUGCUGCCUCCACUACUUCCAGUUUAAGGAAAACGGUAAAGCCAAGGCAGCGUCGAGGGUUGCGGGCUGAUAAAGUUAAGGAGGAACCUUCAUCUUCGUCACCCAUCCCACCGUCUCCUCCAGCUUCUCCGCCAGCUGUCACACGACUGGGACGAGUAAUAAAACGUAAAAAGAUACUGGACGUGUAAUAUGUAUUUGUAUAAUGCUUUGUUACAUUUUCGUUAGCCACUAACAUAAAAAUGAAUUGUAUGAAGUUUGGACUCAUUUUUGUCAUAAUAUAUCAUCAUGCGAUAAACAUGAUACGGUAG